CUCAGAGGGAGCUUCAGCUGAUUAGUAUCAUUAACGGUUGCGCCAUGAUCGUGGUCUUGCUAGGUGACCGGCGUGAUCUUUCCUCACAUAUGUGCCCGCCGGCUCGAUGCGUCACGUUGGUGGUAUGUUGGAGAACACCAAUCAGUUGCAGUAGCCAAGCUGGAUUGAAUGGCGCACAUUAUGUUCUGGCCGAAUCCCUGUCCCAUUUCCAGCGAUGGCACGACUUCUAUAUGUGUGCUUCUGUCGAUAGAGUCACGGACUGCCUUGAGGACGAAAUACUCGACCACGAGGGGGAAUGGCGACGGCCCCGGCCCGACUGGUGACGAGGCAGAGAAGUCCAUAAUGGAGCUUUGCGCAACAAUCUGGACUGGAAAGACAUAUUGUGAAUCGUGUACACUGCGGCAUCUGACAAGCUCUGACCUCGCUGCCGACAGCUCAGUGCACAGUUCUCAAACUGUUGGCGUUAUUGUGGCAUGAUACAUGCGCAGGUUGGCUAUGAACUGCUUGGUCGUCGACUUCAACCAGACGAACAAUGGCUCACCAAUCUGAGGAACCAGAUCGCUCCCGGUG